UGCUCUUCUGCCACUCUCUCCCCUCCUCUUGCUACUGCCCUUUUUUCUCUGUUGCACCAAAAACUAGAAGGGAAGGGUAGGACUCACUUUUUGUAGAGAACAAAACAAAAAAAUUAGAAGAAAAAAAAAACCCAAAAACCAAAGUGUUUUUUGACAUUGGCUUUUUGAUAAAUACUUUGUAUUAGAUAGAUACCCUUGUUUACUUUCCUCUCCUUUUUCUUCCAUUUUCAAGGCUUUUCUUGGGGGUAAAUUUCAAAGACUAGAACAAAAAAGAAGAGGGUUUUGGUUUUGGAGGAUAUAGGUGAAAAGAAAGACAAGGAAAUUUGUGGAGUAUAUGGAGUUCUUGUGUUUGUGAAAAGGAAAGGUUCUUGUUUUGAGCAUUGUUUUAAAGCUAAAAUAUGAGGUGAGUUAUGGUUUUGAAGUGCAGCUUUAUGAUCUGUGGGAUGUUAGAAAGCAAAGAAAAGAAUUGGUUUUUGGAGCAUAAUAACCAUUUGAAGAUGUCUUGGGUUCGUCAUCAUAAUCAUCUGCAAAUCAAGCAAAAAGAUGGUUACUUUCAGUAUCCACCACCUCUUCCUCCAUCAUCAUCUUCAUCAUCAUCUUCAAGCCCUUCACCAUCAUCUUCUGGUACUAAAAUUAGUCCUGCUGUUCUUUUCAUUAUAGUAAUUUUAGCUGUUCUAUUUUUCAUCUCUGGUCUCCUCCACCUGCUUGUUAGAUUUCUUAUAAAACAUCCAUCUUCAUCUACAUCUUCACAAUCUAAUAGAUACCCUGAAAUAUCUACCUCUGAUGCUCUUCAAAGACAGCUACAACAACUGUUUCAUCUCCAUGAUUCUGGUUUAGAUCAAGCUUUUAUUGAUGCUUUACCUGUUUUUCAAUACAAAGAAAUAGUUGGUUUAAAAGAGCCGUUCGAUUGUGCUGUUUGUUUGUGUGAAUUUUCUGAGAAAGAUAAACUGAGGUUGCUUCCUAUGUGUAGCCAUGCUUUUCAUAUAAACUGUAUUGACACCUGGCUCUUGUCAAACUCAACAUGCCCUCUUUGUAGAGGUACCCUUUUCACUCCUGGGUUUUCAAUGGAGAAUCCAGUUUUUGAUUUUGAUGACUUAAGGGAAGAUGAAGGGUGUGUUGGUAAUGGUGAAAAUGGAUAUACCCCUAGUCAAAAAACAGUGGAAAUGGAAGAAAUUGUUGUUGACAAAGGGGUUUUACCUGUUAGGCUUGGGAAAUUCAGAAGGAUAAAUGGUGAACCAGAUGAAGCAGGUGGUGAAACCAGUAGCAGCAACUUAGAUGCAAGGAGGUGUUUUUCAAUGGGUUCUUAUCAAUAUGUGCUGGCCAAGUCAGAUCUAAGGGUUACCCUCUCUGGUGGUCAACAACACCAUAGCCAUGAUAUUAAGCAUUCAUCAGCUGAAAGAGAUGCAGAAGAGAAAAAGAUCAGUAAUAUGAGUAAAGGUGAAAGCUUUUCAGUUUCAAAGAUCUGGCUUUGGUCUAAGAAAGGCAAAUUCUCAACUUCAUCAGAAUCCCAAACUGGUAUGACAUCUUCUCUUAACUCAGACUUGCCAUGGCUGAAGAAAACACAAGAACAAUGAAAGCUUAUUAUGCUUUUAGUUCUUAUGUCACAUGUUUCUUGUUCUGAAAUCUGAAACUUAAAAAAAAGAAAAGGGAGAAGAACUACUCACCAUAGCCAUUUGCUUUUGUUUUAAAAACAUGAAUGGAAUGAGAGGAUUAGAAUUCAUGUAGGAAAAAAAGGCCAUUCGUUGUACUACUCAAACUCAUGUCAUAUUUAUGUAAAACAAGAUAUUUCAUACAAA